CAAAGGCUUGGUAACUUCCCUCUUUCAUUGCAAAGACACAGAACUGUUUGUCCACACAGGGGUAAAAAGAGGAAAUCUCUUAGCCACACAGACCUAACCAACAUCUGUUGAGUUAGAUCAAUCUCUCUGUUAUAAUAAUGUUGGAAAACAGGCUUGAUAUUAGUUUUAAAGAGAUGUUAGUACUCAGGUAAACCUGUAUCUACCAUAUCCAGGCAUUAACACUAGUAUGUGUGUAUAUACAAACAUAUGCACACUUUUCAGAUUGUUUUCCCUCACAGAUUAUUACAAGAUAUUGAAAAUGGUUCCUUGUGCUAUACAGUAGGUCCUUGUCACUUAUUUUAUAUACAGUGGUGUGAACCUGCUCAUCCCAAGCUCAUAACUUAUCCCUCCCUUCUCUUUCACCUUUGGUGACCACAAGUUUGCUUGCUACCUCUGUGGGAACUAGGAGCCCAUGGGCAGCACAGCCAAAGAGAGAGAGAGAGAAAGACAUGUCAAACUAAGCAUGGCUCUGGUAGAAGGAGAGGGGCUGUGUGUCGGCCAAGCAGACAGAGGAAGAGCUGAGGCGCUUCCCAAGCCCUCCCUCAGGGCCUGGCCCAGCUCGGUGGUCCCCGCCCGGAGCUCCGUGACCCUGCGAUGCGGGGCUCCCGCCAGGAACGUAAGCUUCACUCUCAAGAAGGGGGGACGCGUCUGGGAGAUGGUCCAGUCACCCGACUCCACAGAGAGCCGAGGGGAAUUCCACCUCCCCGAUGUAACGUCCAGCCACGCGGGAGAAUACAGCUGCGAAUACCACCGGACGGGGGACCCCCGCGUGAGCUCAGGGCCCAGUGACGCCCUGCUGCUGCUGGUGACGGGCUAUCUCCGUAAACCUUCCCUCCAAGCCCACCGAAGGGGCGCUGUGAUCGAAGGACAGGAGGUGACCCUGCAAUGCCAGCGGCCGGCCACGGACCUGGGGACCGUCAUGUUCGCUCUGCUCAAGGCAGGAAGCGCAGCGCCGGUGCAGGUCCGGGCGCCGGCCGGGCGGGAGACCGACUUCUCCCUGCGGAGCGUGAGCGCCAGAGACAGCGGGAACUACAGCUGCCUGUACUACCAGGCCAGGGCCCCCUUCCUGACUUCACAGGCCAGCCCUCACCUUGAGCUCUGGGUGGCGGCUUCCCCACCUUCCAUAAUCUCGGAUUACACCACGGGGAACCACAUCAGACUAGCUCUAGCCGCCGUAAUCAUGUUUAUCGCGGGGGCUUUCCUGCUGGAAGCCUGGUGUUGGCAGAGGCGCGUCAGCGGGGAGUCAGGAUGAAGGACCUCAGGUCCCCAGAGCUGGAGAAGCCUGUGGAAUGACUUAUGCUGAACCGGACAGCAGAGGCCUAAGUGAAGGUCUUCCCAGCCAGAGAAGAAAGGGAGAACUUCCGGCAAGGAGUGGAUGAUGAGGGAGAGGCCCUCAGGGGAUUGGGCAAGGGGGAGGCUCCUUCCUCAGAUCACCAAUAAACGUGUGUUUCCUUCUUCUAAAGAA